AUGACCUCCAAGUUUACACUCACGACUAGUGCAUAUGACAUCUGCUGGGCCGGACACGCUUUAUCAGCACGAGAGCUAAUGGUGGUGAAGACCGCACGUCUUUCCGCCUGUGUCAAACUCUGUUGUGGUGUCCUAACAGUCAUUCCCGUGAACAUUCAGCUGUCACGUGGAAUGCCUCAUCUUGCAUGCACGAUGGACGCGCAAUACGUUGUGGUGAAUCUGACAGGAGCGUCUGUAAUUGCGGUGCAGCAGGAUUUUGAGAGACGCAUCCACGUUGACAUGAUUGAUGCGAGAUGUGUUGUUACCACGACUUCAAAGGUGGCAACAUUGGAUUCAGGAACACUUUCACUUAAAGAAUUAUCUACUAAGGGUGUGGAGGUAUGUUUUCUCAUUCCUGAUUCUGCCCCAUUUGAGAAGGUUGGGAAGAUAUAG